GGCAGGUAAAAGUGGAAACGAACCCAAGCGUCAGACGGGCAGCGCGGCUGCGCGGGGAGGCCGCCGCCGUCCGCGGUAUAUAAACGAACGGCCGCCGAGGGGGACCGACCGAAGCAGCGACAGAGCUCCUUCCUCCCACCCGCUCGGCGCUCGGCGCUCGCUCCUCCAGAAAUCUCGCCGCUGCAGGUAGAAGAGGCUCGUACUAUUUGUCAUGUCAGGAGGAUCGACACCAUCAUCAAGGCGAAACAGCUUUAAUUCUUUGUCUAGAGACCUAGACCUUCCUUCAGAGCAAGGUUGUCUCUCCAUUGUUGUACUUGGGGCUUCUGGUGACCUUGCUAAGAAGAAAACUUUCCCAGCCCUCUACCACCUCUUUGAUCAGGGAUUUAUACAAUCUGGUGAAGUCCAUAUAUUUGGUUAUGCUAGAUCAAAUCUUUCUGAUGAUGGGUUAAGAGAACGCAUUCGUGGGUAUCUCAAAGGAGACCCAGAAGAUCUUUCAGAAUUUUUGCAAUUAAUAAAAUAUGUCAGUGGUUCCUAUGACACUGGAGAAGGAUUUCAGAAACUGAACAAGACAAUAUCACAGUAUGAGGCGUCAAACAAAUCAGGAAGCUAUCGCAGGCUCUUUUAUUUGGCAUUGCCUCCAUCUGUCUACCCUUCAGUGUGCAAAAUGAUCAGAACAUAUUGCAUGAAUCCAUCUUCUCACCCUGGAUGGACCAGAGUCAUUGUUGAGAAGCCCUUUGGAAAGGACUUGGAUUCCGCUGAAGAAUUAAGUGCCCAACUUGGGGAGCUAUUCGAGGAACACCAACUAUACAGAAUAGACCAUUACCUGGGAAAAGAGUUGGUCCAAAACUUGCUUGUCCUUCGUUUUGCCAACCGCUUGUUCUUGCCUCUUUGGAACCGCGACAAUAUUGAUAAUAUACAGAUAGUAUUCAGGGAGGACUUUGGAACUGAAGGGCGUGGAGGAUAUUUUGACCAAUAUGGAAUCAUUCGUGAUAUCAUUCAGAAUCAUUUACUGCAGGUUUUCUGUUUGGUUGCGAUGGAAAAGCCUGUCUCCCUUAAGCCUGAGCACAUCAGAGAUGAGAAAGUCAAGGUUCUGCAAUCUGUGAACCCUAUUAAGCCUGAAGAGGUAGUCCUUGGGCAAUACGAUGGCUACAAGGAUGACCCUACAGUGCCAGAUGACUCAAAUACCCCAACUUUUGCAUCUGUUGUUCUUCGGGUACACAAUGAAAGAUGGGAAGGUGUUCCUUUCAUUCUUAAAGCUGGUAAAGCAUUGAGCUCAAGGAAAGCAGAAGUUCGGGUGCAAUUCAAGGAUGUUCCUGGUGACAUUUUUAGAAAUAAGAGGCAAGGAAGAAAUGAGUUUGUUAUACGCCUCCAACCAUCAGAAGCCAUGUACAUGAAACUAACUGUUAAGAAGCCUGGGUUAGAAAUGGCUACUGAACAAAGUGAACUUGAUUUGUCAUAUGGUAUGCGGUACCAAAAUAUCAAAAUUCCUGAGGCAUAUGAACGCCUUAUCUUGGAUACAAUAAGAGGAGACCAGCAGCACUUCGUUCGCAGAGAUGAGCUAAAGGCUGCUUGGCAGAUUUUCACUCCUUUGCUGCACGACAUUGACGACGGCAAGCUGAAGGCCCUCCCAUAUGAACCUGGCAGUCGAGGCCCCAAGGAAGCAGACGAAUUGAGCGCGAGAGUUGGAUAUGUGCAGACCCACGGUUACAUAUGGAUACCACCGACCCUUGCAUAGAAGAGAAUGGCCGGUUCCAUGGCCUUAUAGGAAUUGUGUGUAUCUAGGAAGAGUGCCCUACAAUAAAGCUGCGCAUAUAUAUUGCCCAUUUCGCUAUAUCACACGGCGUUGUAAUAAUGUUCUGCUGAACAUCCCAAUUACGAUAUGAAAUAAAAAUGCAUGUUCCAUUCAGAGGGUGUUUAGUUCCCUUUUCAUCCAAAAAAUUAUGGGUUUUGGUUUC